AUGGUUUUGAAUGCAAACAUAAACAAUAAUAUUGAUACAAUUGAAAUAACAAAAGAUAUUUCAAUUGGUACUUCUGAGUGGAUUAUUGUUUCUCCGACUACCAGUCAUGCACCUUCAAAUAAACAACCAGCAGUAACGUUAUCGAAAGCUUCAUCAAGUUUAGAUUGGAUGGGACUCAAAAAUGAUAUUGGAAAUUAUAUAAAUAAUCGAUAA